UACUGUUUACCCUCUCAGUUUUUGGGAAACGACUCAUCCGUUUUUUUAACGGUAACUGUCAACGAACGGACACCGACCCACCGAAUCAACUAUCGCGAGGACCAGGGGCAGUGCGAGAAGAACGGGUCCAGGCAAAAGGCAUAGCAAUAUUCAUAUUUAGCAACAACAACAACAACAAUCUUUACGGAGAAUGAUUAUUCCGUUAUGUAGACUGAAAGAAUGAUGAAAUGUGUGCCAUGUUUUAUCACAAAGACACGGAUGAAACCAGUGGACUGUGAUGUACAGGAUGUGGUCACGCUUCUCUGGAUGUAUGACAGACGGUGAAGAAGGGGCAGACUUUGUAAAUCCCACACAUCUAACCACCUCUACUCAUCCAUCUACUGGCUGUCUGAAUCCAGUAUUUUCUUAUUGAAAAGAUAAAGUAUUUAAAUUCACAAAAUAAUGUAGCAAAAGCUUAGCCUUGGAGAUAUUUGACCUCUUUUAACCCCAUCUUCCAUGGGUCCGGUGCAUUUUAUGUCUUCAUUUUGGAUGGGGCUGUGCACAACACUUCAAUUCACACUCAUUUGUAAAUUAUUAGACCAAUGUGCUGUGUUUGCCCCCAGUCAGUUAUCCCAGCUGUGCAAUCACUUCAGCUCUCUGUUGUAUGUUUGAAGUGAUUUGAUAGACCAUCAAGUCAAUCAGAAUGAAUGGCUCUCUAUUAACCCCGCCCAGCCCGCGGGCGGCAAACUCCUCCCCUUUACCUCCCUCACCCUCCCCAUCUCCAUCCCCUCCAUCUCCCUCUUUGCUGCCCCUUUCCCCUCGGCCACCCCCUCUACCCCCUUUGGUGAGCCCUCCACCCCAGGCUCACCCGUCUUCCCUGUCAGACACCCCCACACCGUCCCCCUCGCCUUGCCUGAGCUGGACCGAAUUCUGUGAGCUCCAUGCCCGCGUUGCAGCCGGUGACUUUGCACGCCACUUUCGAGCUUUUCUCCUGGAAAACCCCCACUACUCCCCAGAUUCAGCGGCCGCCUUCUGCCGGCGCUUCACCGACCGCUUUGUUCGUCAUUUUCAGAGUGAGCUGGAGGGGGCGCUCCCGCAGAGCUGUGCUUCUGGGAGGGAUGACAUGGCGAGCUGGGCUCCCCAGUCAGAUGCUACUUCCCUGGAAGAGGAAGCAGUGUCUCCCCUGUCAGCGUCUGGGGGAGCUGUCCUCCCAUGUCCACCGACUAACACGACACGGGCCUUAUCCAAGCCUGCACCGGCACGGCUGGUGUUGGAGAACCGCAGUGGGGACAGGUUUCAAGAUUCUUAUGCCCACAGCCAAGUCCUGCCUCCAUCUUCAUCAUCGUCAUGUUGCUCCUCAGUCGGAGGGAACAACGGGAGGCGUGAGGAGAGGGGGGCUAUGAUUGCCCCUGGGAAUGGGGAAGCACCGGUUGAGGAAGAGGAGGACAGCUGGUUAGGAGUAGCAUCUGUGGGGGAAGACGUUGAGCCAGAAGAGCAGGAAGCAGAGUCUGCAGAGGUGGACAGUGCUGACCCCUCCUACACUCCUCAGAUUCCACCUUCCUCUUCCUCGGUCACUCCUCCGCCUGACUCCAAAGGUAACAGUACGCCCAACUCCUCCAAAAACAAACUGAAGAAGCGCUUUUCUCUGCGGAGUGUGGGUCGUAGUGUACGGGGGAGUGUCCGAGGCAUCCUGCACUGGCGAAGCUCCUCCAGUGACUCAGCCCAGAGUCAGAUGCCCUCUAGUUACAGCUAUACUAUGGGUGUGCAGGACGCCACCUUGGUUUCAACCUCAAAGAGGAACUCUGGUACACAGCCUCCUACACCCACCUCCUCCAUGCCUGUAUCCCUGUCCAUGCCUCUCUCCCUUCCCCACUCCUCCUCCUCCUCGCUGCCCCCCUCAUCUUCAAGCAGCGCCACCUCUCUGUCUCUUUCGGAGGCUGCCCGAGAUAGGCGGCGGAGCAAUGGCGAAGGAGGUGAGAAGGAGAAAUGGAGCCAUCGUCUGGAGAAACUCAGACUGUCACGAUCACCUCCUCCUGUCCUCACCCCGACCACUGCAGGCCCUCACUCCGCCUCCUCCACGCUGCCUCCAAGCAGCGCUGCUGCUGCCAACGUGGGACCUCCAAGGAAGGUGGGCCGGUUGGUGCGGGAGGGUGGGGUGACUGUUAGCUCAUCCAGCGAUGAGUUGAGCGGAAGCCUUGGCUUCUCUGGCUUCUCGUUUGGUCUACUGCAUCACGGUACGGACAACAACAAUGCUGCCUCAGCUUCAUCUGCUGCAGCUCAGGCAGGUCCAGUGCAGCCUCUGCCCAGCGGAGGGAAUGUGCCCUGGAGAGGAGGACGCUGGCAUAAGUGUCGGCUGGUCCUCAGAGAGAGGGACAGAGAAGGUGGUGAGCGGGGAGAGGAGUACUACUUGGAAUUCUUCAUUCCACCUAAAUCAUCGAAGCCCCGGCUGACUGUCCCUUGCUGCUCAAUCGUGGAUGUGAGGAGCACCACAGCGCUAGAGGUGCCUGAUAAGGAGAACACCUUUCUGCUGCAGCUGGAAGGGUCGGCACAGUACGUGAUUGAGACACGCGAUGCUGUACAGAUGAGAGCCUGGCUGAGUGACAUCAGGAACGGCAUCUGUCUCAGUGAACAGGAAGAUGCUGAAGGUGUGUGUGUGGGGCCGUUGGACAUCAGUGGGACGCCUGAGAUUGUUGACCGUCUUUCACAAGUGUGUUAUGGAGGUAUUGGAGGCUCCUCACCUCUGAUGGAUCCUCUUCCACCCGAACUACCACCUCGAGCCCCUCUCGACGAACCAGACAGUCGGAUUCUUGGCGGAGGUGGAGCUAGUCUGGGCACACCUUUUGCCGAGACGCCAGACGCCACAGGAUCCUUCCUGUUCUCGGAGGUGACCACUGCAGAGGCAGUAGAGCACCCACUCAGUGAGUGUCAGUGGUUCCACGGCACCCUGUCCCGUCUCAAAGCUGCUCAGCUGGUGUUGGCCGGAGGCCCGGCGAGCCACGGUGUCUUCCUGGUUCGCCAGAGCGAGACAAGGCGUGGAGAAUAUGUCCUCACCUUUAACUUUCAGGGCAAGGCCAAGCACCUUCGUCUGUCCCUGAAUGAGGACGGUCAGUGCAGAGUGCAGCACCUUUGGUUCCAGUCCAUCUUUGACAUGUUGGAGCACUUCCGGGUGCACCCGAUCCCCCUGGAGUCCGGUGGCGCCUCAGACGUCACACUCAUCAGCUUCGUGGGUGCCACCGCUGUUCGACAGCCAGACUUGACCAGCAGACCCCGUAGCCCACCUCAGCCUCCUCCACUGCCGCCAGGCCGGCCGCCGCCCCCAACUCCUCCCCAGGAGAGAGGAAACGAGAUGGAGGCAGGAGGAGUAGGUGGAGGAGGUGGAGGAGGAGGCGCGCCAGUGGUGACGAUGGCGACGACAGGAGGAGGAGCAGGAGGAGGAGGAAGUGGAGGCAGCGGAGGUGGUAGCGGAGGAGGAGUGGAGGACUGGGAGGAGAGGGACAGGGACACUCCCCUCCGCCAACUAGAAGCUGUGGAGGGAGAAGAGAGGGACGGAGCGAGGGCGCCCCGUGCCAUCGACAACCAAUACUCCUUCUUCUGAUGAAGGGAAGACCAGGAGGGGGAGGAGGAGUGUGUAUGUGUGUUUAUGUUUGAGUGUGUGUGUGUGUGAGCAAAUGUGAGAUUGGAUGAGGCGGCGUACAUCAUAGCCAUUCAUAACCAGUAUUUUUCUUUUGUUAGCAAGGUGGAGGAGAAGAGGAGGAGGAGGAGGAGGUGUAAAAGUACUAACACUAUACGAGAGAGAGAGAGAAGACUAAGCAGAUGGAGAGAUGGGUGAGAGCAGCUUUACAACACUAACUAUAGCGGUACAUUUCUUUUAUUUUAUUUUUUUAGUCAGAUAAGCUUUGUUUUUGCCGGUACGACUCACAGUAGCAGGCUCUUUCUCGUACGUGAACAGCAUUGAGAGCUCGAGCGCUGUGAAGCCAGCAGUCCUGAUACCUCACAGUGGUCCUGCCAAGACAGCACACGCUAGCCAGAGGCCAAACAUACUCUACAGACAUCUGUACUGUGGCAGGUAGACCCAAAACUUUUACUCUUACUGCUACAGAGACCACGUCUCAGCAACCUCUAUUUAAAAGAUUAUAUUGUUUCAAAGGUUCUACAUGUAGCUUAUUAACAUCAAUACAUGGUUAUGCUCGUUUGAUUGGAAGAACUACAAGGCCAAACUGAAAUGUGAAUUUUGAAUAAACACAAUGUAUGGUUGAAUGUAAAAUAAUAAUAAGAACACUAAUGUUGAUUUAGGUCUUAGACUGUACAUAAAGAUGGACGACGUGUCUCCACUUAACUCCACUGUACAAACAUAAAGCCAGAAUAUUCUGCUAUCUUGCGCUGGUGAUGUCAUUUGGAGCCAGAGUCUGCGCAGUAGCGAUCUCCGCCGUGUCGUGUUACCACCCAAACACCUGUCCGACCAAUUGUGGAUUGAAUUGAUUCCGAAAAACAAACACUUGAACAUACAUCAGUAUAAACAUCAUAAAAACUACCUAAGAUUACAUCAUAAAAACUACCUAAGAUUACAGAAACCAUGGGAAAAAAUUAUUUGAGGUGUACCUUGAAGUUUAAAGGGAUAGGGCACCCAAAAAUGAAAAUUUAGCCAUUAUCUACUCGCCCACGUCCAAUCAGCUGACUUGAAGGGGGCAAGGUGUAUGACCUAUAUUGUGGUGAUCAAGAUGUUUUGGCUUCAUUUCGGGGGAACUGUCAUAUUGUCCAUCUUCUCUAUACAGUCUGUGAUUUAAAUAUGUUUUCAUUUAUCAAGCAAAAAAUAUUUGUUGGAUCCAGAUUGUGAAAUGUGAGAAUUUGCUGCUUUUUGAUUUACUUGAUUGUAAAUUUAAUAUCUUUAGACUUUUGUUUCAGAUAAAAUGUUUUGAAGACCACACCUACAGCUCUUAGAAAUUUUGAACAACAUUUUAAGAUAAGAUAAGUCUUGGAACCCAUUGGCUAUUGUCUGAUGACGACAAAGCCUCUGGGAGUGAGGGCCAGUAUUUCGGGCUGAUUCGUAGUAGCCAGCGGAUAUUGGGGCCAACAUUUCUUCCUUAGUGCUCUAGUCGUUUCGGCUAAUCUCUAAAAAACAAAUAUCUGCAUAUGAAUGCUGCCAAUUUUUUGAAAAAGCUAACAUUAACCUAACUUGUUGUUAAAUGAUAGCCGAUGGGUUCCAAGAUAGCAUUUUGGCCAAUGCGUUCUGCUUCUCCAUAAGGACUGUUUACCUUUUGUUAAAACGUGAUUGGUCAAUACUACUUGGACUACAAACAGUGUACAACUGAAACCAGAACACUUCCGACACUAGACUAUUGUUCCAUCACCUGCAGAUUCUGCAUGCAUAUGCAGACAUCUGUUUAAAGAGAUUAGGAUAUGGUAAACCUCUAUUAAUCGCCAGAGGGGAAAUCCAGCUUUUGCAGUGGCCCAAAGACAGCAAUAGUACAUAUAGAUUAAGUAAAAGAAUGACUAAAUAGAGAUAUAUAUAAAACUAAACAAGCAGAAAACAUUUGGAGCAAGAAAUUGCAAGUUCAAGUGACUGGUGUGUGUGUGUGUGUGUGUGUGGUUUUACACUUCUCUUGCAUUUGCUAGACUAAACAAUUAAUAGCAAAAUAACAUGAUGUUAGUUGCAACUCUACUGCCCAUUUUCUUGAAUAUUAGUUGAACAAGAUUGUGGUCAGAUUAAAAUGUUUUAAAAAGGGAUUUUAUCUGUAUAAAUGUUUCUCAAAAGAACACAUUUUCCAGACAGCAUAAAAGUGACUGAUUUUUCAGUGGAGUUUGGUUUGACAUCGCAACACAACAGAGAAAUGUUUUGGGUCUAAGUGGCACAUGAAGUAGAGCAGGCAGGAAACAUUUACCUCAGUCACACUCAGCAGCAUCACUCAGUAAAUGUCUCUCUUUCUUUCUCUCUCUCUCUCUCUUCUUUUUCUCUCUGACAUUAAGAAAAAAAAAGCUGAACUGGGAGAGAAAUUAUUGAUGAUACCAAUAACAAUAAUAUUGAUGGAAAUAAUAAUAAUAAUGAUAAUAAUAAUGACGGUCAGAAUAAUAGUAUUAAUUUUAUUUGUUUUUAAGACAUCUUUUUAUUUUGUAUGCUUACUCCAUGUAACACUUGUUCCGACUCCAUCUUGUAAUUGAAAAUGUGUUUGUGCCUUUUUUUAUUUUUGGGAUAAAAAGAAGGAAACAAAAAUAUAUAUAAGAUUUGCUAUAAUGCCUCAUUCUCAAGGUUACAGUAUCCUCACUCUUUUCAUGCUGUCUUCUCCUCCUCAACCUCAUCCUCCAUUCAUCAAGGGUAAAAAGAAUAUACAAUUAGCAGAAAAUGUCAGUGAAAAUACCUACUUUUUCUACUUGUGCCUUUCUGUGUCUGUCGUCUUCGUCAUCAGCCUGCAUUUGUGUUGCCCUGUCUUCAUUUAUCAUUCAGUUUAGAGCUUGCCUGUUUCUUUAUGCACCAUAUAACCCACCCAGUCAUUUCUAUCAGUCUUUUCUUUGCUCAUGUAUUUGUCUAUAUGCACCUCAACACCCCCACCCCCCCCCCACCCCCCAGCUUAAUCAUCAUGUUCAGUGUCCUUUUCUCAGUUUCAAAACUCUUUGUGCCUUUCUCUGUCUCUUUUCUCUCUUUGCUGGGACCGUGUGUUGAGGGCGGGCAGUGUUGUCUGUCCACCCUGUGUGGUUAGUUUCAGGUACUACAUUGAAUUUAAUGAUAUAAUAUAAAUAUAGUGAAACAUA